AUGGAACGUCAUAGCCUUCCAGUGGAUAACAUAGACUCAGAUGAUAUAUCACACAACUCUCAAAGAUAUGUCAGUUUAAACGCUAUUCCCGAAGAGAUGCUGACAAAUGAAGGCAAGCAAUGGAGUGAGAAGAGCAUCAGUGAUCCGGCACCUGAUGGCGGGUACGGAUGGGUUAUAGUGAUGGCCUCAUUUUUCUGCAAUCUUACCGUUGAUGGCAUUUGUUAUACAUUUGGACUUUUCUUCAAUGAUUUUGUCGCACAUUUUCAAUCAAGUAAAGCGGUUACAGCGUUGGCCGGCUCUUUGCUCAGUGGCUGCUAUAUGACUGCAGGU